GUUGAGAAUCGUUCCACGUAAGCAUCAGAAAUUUUUAGUAGCAGCUUUUGAUCCAGAUCAUUCAAUUACACUGAUUGAGUUCAUCACUGAUCACUAACAAAUUGGCUAUCAUGAAGAUUCUUGUUUUGGCAAUUCUACCCUUAUGCUUCUACAAUAUGGUCAUUGGAGUAAGUCAGAAGGCUAGCAAGAAAUCGUCUGAUUCUCAAAGUACAGGGCAUUUUGAAAAAUCGGGGACAUUUGAGAUGAAAUCACCAAAUCUAAAUGAUGAAGAGUUUCACUCCAGCCAUAUGCCUGAUCAUUUGAAAUGUGAUUCCUGCAGAGCUAUUUCUUAUCAGAUGCAGGAAUAUCUUUCCAAAAGGGAAUCGCAGAUCUCUGCAGUGAAAGAGGGGAAAGCAAUACUGAGUGAAUCUGAUUACACUGACACUUUGGAGAAGUGCUGCUCUCAAAGUUGGGAAAGGCAUGGUGUAAUAGACAUAGAUGGUGUUAAACGUCUGUCAGGCCCAGGCCUGGAAACAGAAGACUUUACAGGAGUGAUGAUGUUGAGUGGACCAUGGCCUGGAAGGUUGUUCAAAAUGUGCCAAGCUUACCUGGGAGAAUUUACUGAAGAGGAAAUUUACAAGGCAUAUAGAAAUGAUCCGGAUUAUUUAGAAGAUUUUCUCUGCAGUGGUGAAAAUGGAGCUUGCACCAAGCACACAAAAUUCCAAACACAGUUUAAAGAUGAAAUAUAAGCAUUGAUCUUAGUGAAAGUACAUAUUGGGUAUGGUGCUCAGCUGAUGAUAGGGAAAAGGUGAAGAAUACCAGUGAAGGUGACAGAAACAUACAAUGCUUCCAUUUAUUAAUGUGGUGAAACUGAAAAUGAUGAGUUGGGCACAAUUUACACCUAUCCAAUAUGCAUUCAUGUGAAAAGUCACAUAAUAAAUUCAUCCAUCCAAUAAAAUAUUAUUUAAAUAAAUGGUUAGUUCUGUUUCCAAAACAUCAUAUCACAUAAUAUCUUGCAUUCAAAUGUAAACCUAUUAUUUCUGAAAAUGAACAGUCUAUGUUUAAAAUCGGCACUUGAUUGUAUUGACCAAAAGUGGAUAAAGAUAAUUAUUUGCAUUAAAGUUAAAUUCAGAGUUAUCAGUUAUAAUGUCCUUAGUAUUUCCAUAUAUCAUGGGCAGAAACAACUUGAGACCAAUGUUUUAUUGGAAAUUGUUCCAAUAGAUGUUAAAGCUGCAGUUUUUUCUGUGUUCAAAAUGUUAACGCUGAGACCAAUGUGUAUUAACAUAUUUGUCUUAAUUUCAGACUUUGAAGUUAAAUUAUUUUAGAACAAGGUAUUUUAGCGAUAAUGACUUCAUUGUGUUGAACUGAAUUUGAGAUUUUCAUGGGAUUUGUUGCACCUGUGGGAAUUUCCAGGAGAUAUACACAGAACCAUAAAAAGUUGGAAAAGGACUAUGCUAUUCAGUCCCUCGAGCCUGCUCUGCCUUUCAAUAAAAUAAUACCUCAUCAAAUAUUUCCCAAAUCCACCUUUGUUGGUCUUACCCCAUAACACUUAAUUCUCCAACUGAUUAAAUGCCCCUCUCAGCCUUAAAUAUACAUAAGGGGUCUGCUUCCUCAGCCCUCUAUGUAAGGAGUGCCAAAGGCUCACAGGCCUAUGAGAAUAUCCUUAUUCUCUUAUAAUUCUCUUUAUUAAGUCAGUCUUGAAUGGAUCACCCUUAUCCUGUGACCAUACCCUCUGAUUCUCAGUUCUACAAUUGAAGGAAACAUUCUCUCAGCAUUUACCUUCAAGCCCAAAGCUACUCAUAGUACUCUAUACAUGGUCUUACUGUUAUCUUAUAUGGUUACAGCAAACUUACCUUCUUUUGUAUUCCACCUUUCUUAAAGUAGGGGCAACUUUCCACUAAGCUUCUCUACUACU